UCUAGCUACCACUUCCUCAUGAUCAAUACGUCUCCCUUCAUUUUUGAAUUGGUUCAGUGUUGCGUGGAAGUUAGCUACCCGUACAUGGUUCUCCGUUGCCCCCCUAAGCAUCUCCCUCUGCUCUAUCCAAAUUUCAUAAAAAAAUUGAAUAAGUGCAACACUACUUGGAGUAAUCCAAAGGGUAAGAAAAGCGGAAAAAUAAGGAGAUGAGAACACUGCAUGAUAUUGCAUGACAUUUAAUAUUUUCUUGUUUACACCUAAUCCCUCAGUUCUACAAACACUCCAACACUCCGACAUAUUGACAUAAAAAGGUCUAACAAUUUUUCGGAGUAGAAUUCGGAUCCACAAGAUAAUGCUGCAAAGUCAAAGUGCAACCUUCAACUAGGAUUUCAAGUCUCUUUGGGUUUGCUUCAAUUUUCCUUUUAAUCCAGUGUUUUCUCUAAGUGCGUUUUCGUCGCAACGGCAUAACUACAGGAGAGAUUUCUCGGAAUCAUUUCAUGACAGGAAAGUUUUGUUCGCCUCGUAAGACUUUCUUGAGAGGUUCAUUCAUUUGUUACUCUGUUGUGUGAAAGCUUGUUUUGAAACAGCUCGUAUAUCAUAGUGCAAACAUUGACAACUUUAGAAUUUUGCGCAAGCAUUUGUCGUCAUAGCCUCUAUAAAAGUGAAUUUUCCUUUGACUUGAGAAAUCUCAAAAAGUAGUAUUAGUACUUGAACAUUUAUUCUUAAUUGAUAUGUUAAUAUGUUUUCAGGAUUUUGGGAGACCACGACUGAUACGUACCGGAUCUUGGAACAAAAUGCCAGCGCCUGGUGUGAUAAUAGGUGGGAUACUAGCGACGAUAGCAACUUUUACCUUGGGUGCUUUUGUUGGUAGUGAGAUAGGGACGCAAAAUAGUCACCGUGGAAAUAGCUCUCAGAAUCGACGAAGAUCAGACACGGGGACACGAAAUAGUGGAAACAGCUCUCAGAAUCAAAGUGAUUCAGGAAAUAGAGGAGCAACAUCACCACCAGAAGGUAAUGGCAUUCGUCGUCGUCCACCUAACACAGCAACUUCAACCCCUAACUGGAAUGGUGGAAGUUUUCAGUUCCAAGAGAAUGGUUCCUCAACCCUUUACUGGAAUGGUGGGUCAACAUCUUACGGUUGGCAAUUCCAAGAGGAAGGUUCCCCAAGCCAUUUGUGGAAUGAUUUCGGCCCAUCGGACAAUGCUGCUUUAGAAGAACUAUAUUGUGAUGUGGAAAAUUCGGAAGUAGAAGUAUACCUGAAAGACACCGCAUCGAGACAUAAGAAAUUGUUCUCAGAAGGAGUAUCGGUUGACUUCGAGCAGAUGAUGAUGAUUUCGCAUUCUUCCAAGCAGUUCUUCCUCCACCGUCACUCAGAACCAUCCUAUGUACAGGUCCCAGACAGCAGUUCUUCCACACGGUGGGUGUGGUAUUGGGAAGAUAAUGAUGGAUGGAAGAAAUAUAGUGAAACCAAAGAGUCGUCCGUGAUAAAACAAGAGGAGAUAGAGGUUGCGUUUCUCGAUGGAGCGGCAAUUUACCCUUUUCAAAUUGGCUUGUACAAAUACGUGAUUACAUUCGACGAUAAACCGAUGUGUCAAAUAAACAUGAAAUAUGGAACCAUACGACGAGUAAGAAGGAGACCAUUGUUCACAGAUAGGGAUUUCGCCCGGAAUUUGGCACCAGGGGGAAAUCUGGAUCGAAAACGGUUUUCGUAAAGUGGACUUCCUGUGGGGACCCUACAUUAGAGAGCGAAAUGGACACAACACCACUCGAUUCUUAUAUUCCAAGCCACUGGUCCUUUAUGCC